AUGCGGAUAACUUUUUGCACCGAUCUCGACAAAAGUGUCGUUGUGGCAAACUGUGAAAAACGCGGUUGGAUACAAGUGGGGCCCGAAGAUGAUUGGAAUAUUUAUUGGGCGGGGACUCAGACUUGUAGGAGUUUGUUUAGUGUGGAUAGUGGAUACCGCAUGCACGAUAAUCAAUUAAUCAAUCAUUUCCCCAAUCAUUACGAAAUCUCCCGUAAAGACUUGCUCGUGAAAAACAUCAAGCGCUACCGACGCGAUUUGGAAAAAGAAGGCAAUGUUUUGGCCGAACGUGGAGAUUCAAAAUACCUCCACCUUGAUUUUAUUCCUGUAACUUUCGUGCUCCCAGCUGACUAUAACAUGUUCGUUGAAGAGUACAGAAAGGCGCCUCAGAGCACUUGGAUCAUGAAACCGUGUGGCCGAUCGCAAGGCUCCGGUAUUUUUCUCAUCAAUAAAUUAUCAAAGCUCAAACGCUGGUCACGCGAGGCCAAAAGCCCCUUCCAGCAGCAACUCACCAAAGAGAGCUACGUCAUUUCCAAAUACAUCGAUAAUCCUCUCCUAAUCGGCGGCAAAAAAUUCGACUUGCGCCUUUACGUCCUUGUUACGUCUUUCCGUCCCUUGAAAGCGUACCAGUUCCGGUUGGGUUUCUGCCGCUUUUGCACCGUCAAAUACGACUCAAGUGUGGCAGAGCUCGACAAUAUGUACGUCCAUUUGACGAAUGUGUCCGUACAAAAACAUGGGGGUGAGUACAACUCGCUUCAUGGUGGCAAGUUAAGUGUGCAAAACUUGCGGCUCCAUUUGGAGAGCACACGAGGGAAGCAAGUGACUGAGCGUCUUUUUGACCAAAUCAGUUGGUUAAUCAUUCAUUCACUCAAAGCUGUAGCUCCGGUGAUUGCCACCGAUCGACACUGUUUCGAAUGCUACGGCUACGACAUCAUCAUUGACAACAAGCUCAAACCGUGGCUUAUUGAAGUAAAUGCCUCACCGUCGCUAACUUCAACCACGGCCAAUGAUCGUAUUUUGAAACACAAACUCAUGGAUAAUAUUUUCUCGAUUGUUGUGCCCCCAUCUGGGCUACCUGAUGUUCGUUGGAAUAAAAUUCCGAGUCAGGAGGCGCUAGGUGACUUUGAGCUGCUGAUAGACGAGGAUUUGAUUCAUUUGCACGAAACUGAGAAUAAUAGUUACUUGUUGAAGAACAAUAGGUGGAAGUAAAGGCGUCUUUGUGUUAAAUAAAUAUACAUUUAUUAUAAA